AUGACUGAGUUAAUAGUGUCUCGAGGCGACACUUUUCCAAGAUCCUAUUUAGAUACCUACAGAGCAAAUAGAUCCAGUGAACUUUACAACGAAUUAUCUUCAAGCAAAAGUGACGAAUUGGUACUGCAAACGCCAAGUGAUAUUCCGGUUGCAAAAGAAUUGCAACAUGGACAUUCAGAGAAUUUGUUAGACUCAAAUACUGGAAGUUCUACAGGCUACAACGAUUUAGAAUACAUGCAAACAUCUCCAAUUGUCUUGCCAAAAAUUUUGAGGAAAGUGCCCCUCUACGACAAAGUCGACCCCGAGGACAGCAUUAGGGAUAUCAUCACCGAAAAUGACUUCUACAGAUUUGUCCUCUUCAAGAAGCACUAUGACAAGUACUUACACCUAUCCAAAAAGUAUGAAGAGGCCAGGAAUAUCGCCUAUUACUUGGAGGAGAAAUAUCACGAAGUUAAGAUGGAAAGGGAUGAUCUAAUACACCAGAGAGAGGAACUGACCAAAAAGUUGGAAACAAAUGAGUUGAUAUUAAAGGAGAAAGAAGAUGAAGUUUUUCUUCAAUUUGAGAGGGUUGUUUAUUUGGAAGAUCAGUGUGAAAAAAUAAAAGCCGAGAAGGACAAGUGCCAACAAGUUAAGGAUAUUUUUGAGAAAGAGAGAGACAAAGCACUUAGACUGCUACAAGAACAAUCAAAGGAGUCUGAAUGCAAUAGAAGGAAAUUGGAGCGAGCUAGACAGGAAGUUGUUCAUCAUAUGACAAAAAUUAAAAAUGAAAAAGACGAUUUGGAAAGAGAGAAUAGCGUAUUAAAGGAAACCCUAGAAUGCGAAAGAAAAGUAAUAUUCCAGAAUAUAUCUCAACAGCAGGGUUGUAGGCUGCAUGGCCAAAUGGAAUUGAAAUCCAAGGGUGGGAAUAGACAAAGCGACUCGUUAACCUCCCAAUUUCAAAAAGCCCUUCAGCAUUUGGCAACGUGCAAACAGAAAAAAUGUUCCGUUUGCGCCUACACUAAAGCCACCUAUAGAAAGUUGUCGCCCCAUCACCGAAAAUAUGACAAAAAACUAUUCGGCUGCCUUCAGACCCCGUUCCUGGAGAUGCGCAAUAUGAUCCGUCCGCCGCCCUCUCCGAUUAGAGGCGGCGAAGGCGAAAGCCUCAGCGAGUGGUUUUGUCACGUUGACGAACGAUGCGCGUGCGCGAGCGAAGCGGCAUCGGCGCGAAGCGACUGCUGCUCCUCCAUCAGCGUGCCCCUCGCCGAGUUAAGCAUCUCCUACAUGGACGAGGGAUCUGAGACCUCGUCGAAUCGGUAUUACUGCGCAGAGGCGCGCGACAACGAGGCCGAGUACUCGAGUCAGGCGAAUUAUAAUAGUUUUAGAGGGUGCGGUAGCGACUCCGGGUUUUCUUCGGACAUCUGUCCGGACUACAAGAGCACCGCCACCACCCCAAGGGAGAAGUUCUGUCCCAAAGCCAGCCUGGACGAAACGGACUGCGACAAACUGACACGCACCAAAUGGACGGCAUCGUUCAGAAAAUUCGUCAAUCGUAUCAUUAAAUAG